ACCUGCACCGCGCCCAGCCAGGACUCAUAGAGCCUCCAGAAUCCAGACUGCAGGUUCAAGUUUCCAGGUUCCAGACUCCAGACCCAGACCCAGCACCAUGUCGGGCAUCGCGGCCACCCUGCAGCACCGCCGGGACCAGGACCACGGCAUCGGCUCGUGCAGCCAGGCGGUGAAGUACCUGAACCAGGACUACGAGUCUCUGCGGCGGCGCUGCUUCGAGUCCGGCAGCCUGUUCCAGGACGAGACGUUUCCGGCGCGGACAGAGUCCUUGGGAUUCAAGGAGCUUGGUCCCGGGUCCUACAAGACCCGCGGGGUGUCUUGGAGCAGACCCACGGAGCUGACCUCUGACCCCGAGUUUAUCAUCUCAGGAGCCUCACGGACUGACAUCUGCCAGGGCGCCCUGGGUGACUGCUGGCUGCUUGCCGCCAUCGCCUCGCUGACGCUCAACGAAGACGUUCUGGCUCGAGUCGUUCCACAAAACCAGAGCUUCGCCCGGGGAGAGUAUGCAGGCAUCUUCCACUUCCAGUUCUGGCAGUUUGGUGAGUGGGUGGAUGUUGUGAUUGACGACCGGCUGCCGGUGAAAGACGGCGAGCUGAUGUUCGUCCACUCUGCGGAGGGGCGGGAGUUCUGGAGCGCUCUGCUGGAGAAAGCCUAUGCCAAGUUGAAUGGCUGCUAUGAGGCUCUCUCUGGAGGUUCAACCACUGAGGGUUUUGAGGAUUUCACUGGUGGGAUCGCUGAGGUCCACGAGCUGAGCCGGCCCGACCCGCACCUCUUCCACAUCAUCCAGAAGGCUCAGAGCCGCGGUUCGCUGAUGGGCUGCUCCAUCGAUAUCACAAGCUCCGCGGACUCGGAGGCCGUCACCUCUCAGAAGCUGGUGAAAGGCCACGCCUACUCUGUGACAGGUGCAGCGGAGGUGGAGUACCGUGGUGACAUGGAGAAGCUGAUCCGGAUCAGGAACCCCUGGGGCCAGGUGGAGUGGACCGGAGCCUGGAGCGACAGCUCUCCUCAGUGGCGUCAGAUCAGCGACGAGGACCGAGAGCGUCUGAGUCACCGCUCUGAGGACGGAGAGUUCUGGAUGUCUUUCCGUGACUUCCUGCGUCACUACUCCCGGCUGGAGAUUUGUAACCUGACGCCGGACUCGCUGAGCGACGACUCCGUCUCCAAGUGGGCUCUGUCCAAGUUUGACGGCAGCUGGCGGAGAGGAUCCACCGCCGGUGGCUGCAGGAACUUUCCCAACACGUUCUGGACCAACCCUCAGUUUGUGAUCAAGCUGGACGAGGAGGAUGACGAACCGGACGACGGUGAGGCUGGCUGCAGCUUCGUGGUCGGUCUGAUCCAGAAGAACCGCCGCCGCCGCAGGAAGAUGGGCGAGGACAUGCACACGGUCGGCUUCGCCAUUUACGAGUACUGCGGUCAGAGGAACGUCCACCUGAACAGGAACUUCUUCCUGCGCCAUGCAUCGGCAGCUCGCUCCGAGACCUUCAUUAACCUGCGGGAGGUGUGCAGCCGGUUCGUGCUGCCGCCUGGUGAGUACCUGAUCGUCCCGUCCACCUUCGAACCCAACAACAACGGAGACUUCUGCGUCCGCGUCUUCUCCGAGAAGCAGGCUGAGUUCCAAGAGCUUGACGACCCCAUCGAGUCCAGAGUGGAGAAGAUCGAGAUCGAUGAAGAUGACGUGGACGAUCGAUUCAGAAGUCUGUUUGGACAGCUGGCAGGAGGAGACUGUGAGAUCUCAGCCUUCGAGCUGCAGAAGAUCCUCAACAGAGUGGUGACCAAGCGUUCUGACAUCCAGACCAGCGGCUUCAGCCUCACGACGUGCCGUAACAUGGUGAACAUGCUGGACAAAGACGGCAGCGGGAAACUCGGGCUGGUCGAGUUUAAAAUCCUGUGGACGAAGAUCGAGAGCUACCUGAACGUUUACCGCGAGAAGGACGUGGACAACUCGGGGACAAUGAGCUCCACAGAAAUGAGGGCAGCCGUGGAGGAAGCAGGGUUCAGUCUAAACAACGCGCUCCAUCAGGUCCUGGUGGCUCGCUACAGCGAACAGGAUCUCACCAUCGACUUCGACAACUUCGUUGGCUGUUUGGUUCGUCUGGAGAACAUGUUCAACAUGUUUGAAACUCUGGACAAAGACGACUCAGGAUGCAUCGAGCUCAGCCUGCUGGAGUGGCUGAACGCGUCUCUGGUCUGAGGAACCAGGACCGUCCUGGUCCUCAUCCCGGUCCUGAUCCUGACUGGAGCUGAACUCUUGUCCACGUGGUGAACAUCGUUAAUUAGUAUGUAAUCAGGGAGAGGGAUAUUAGUCUGUUAUUACCAUGUGUUCAGUGGGUUAUUACACAUUAUAAUAAUAAUGCAAUAAAACGUGACAAUCUGCUUACAACUACUUUAUAAUCUGUUAUAAACCUGUUAUUACAUGUUUGUAUACUGAUUAUACACAAUGAAGUGUUCUGAUUGGUCCAGAUUGUUUUUCUGUAAAGCUGCUUCACCUGUUGCCUUAAUAACAUCUGUACGCCUUAAUAUAAACGUGUUACUAAUGCCUUAAUAAAAUCUGUAGGCCUUGUUAUAUGCGUUAUUAAUGCCUUAAUAACAUCUAUAGGCCUUGUUAUAAACAUGUUUUUAACGUCAUAAUAAAGAGUGAAUUGGU